AUGUCCGAACGGUACAUUGUGCUGUUCCCCUUCCAGCUGUUGAUUCUAUCAGUGGAUCACAUGAAGAAGGCGUUUGUCUACCAGGGCUUGCUUCCGCUGGCGGGGAUGAGUGUGAGGGAUGUGCCGAGUGACACCAGCUGCAUGUUUGAAAUGAUGGGGCCCAUGAUAGAAUCCAGGAUCAUCUCAUGCCCGAGUCCAGCUGAAUUCCACAUCUGGGUUCUCAGCAUCCAGCAGCACAUCAAGAUGGCAAAUGCUCACUGUCCAGCCCACCCCAGCAAUAUCAUUCCUUUCCUGGUUCCAUGUGAUGAGCAGUGGAAGAAACGGAAGCUGAUGAAGCAUCUGUUUUACACCACCAUUCUGAAGUGGGAAGGGAAACCCAUCCAGCACCUAGGACGGAUACACUACCUGGCCAUGGUGCAGGUGGCUUAUGCCAGCAUGGGGGACUUUAAAGAGCGGCUAUUGGUGCUGUUUCCAGAGGAUCUGGUUUUCCUCUCCGUCGACAGAGAGAGAACCAGCAUUGCGUAUGAGGGAAAACUCCCUCUAGCUGGGAUCCAGGCAAAGGAGAAAUCUGCUGUGCUGGGGCGGCUGGAAUUUGAAAUCACAGGUAUGCCUGGGAUUGAUGAUCGUGGAAGCCUGACGGAACCGAUCCUGGUCACCUGCUCCACCGCUGAAGAUUAUGAAAAAUGCCUCUUCUACCUACAAAAGGUCCUCCCUGAGCAAAACCUUGACACUGUGACUGUCCAGCCACCACCAAUAGUGCCGAAGAAAUCGCUGCAGCGUUAG